AUGAGAACAAUUAUCGCAACAAAAAUCAACCCCGAAAGAAGAAUCAUCCUCCACCAAGACAAUGCAAGCUCGCUCACAGCCCAAAAAACAAGGCAGUAUUUAACGGAAGAAAACGUGGAAUUAUUGGACCAUCCUCCAUAUAGUCCCGAUCUAAGUCCUAACGAUUUCUUUACUUUCCCGAAAAUUAAAAACAGACUGCGUGGUCAAAGGUUCCAGUCACCAGAAGAAACAGGUGUCGCAUUCAAAAAUGCCGUUUUGGAUCUUCCAGCAAACGAGUGGAAUAAGUGCUUCGAAAAUUGGUUCGAGCGCUUGCAGAUGUGUAUUAAUCUUCGUGGAGAAUACUUCUGA